AUGCAAUCUGGCUCGCCAUUUCAGCAAUCGGCGGUGCCACCUUCUAGCGGUGCUGCGUCGGGAGGUGGUAGCGGCUCACCUGCCUCUUCUUCUGCACCGCCGCCGCCACUUGCGCCCAGCAGCGGCCAGCAGAAUCAGGGCAGCAGCAGCCGAAAGCGCAAGCCGUCAUCAACUCAGACCUCCCAGCUGAGAGCUCAAGAAGCGCAAAUGUACGAGCAAGCCAGGGCUCAGCACAUGCUCGCUGCUCAGCAAGCUCAAGCGCAGGCUCAGGCUCAGGCGGCCAUGGGACACCCCGCUCACAUGCACGGCCAUCCUCUACACCAACAGUAUCCCGGGCAAUUCGGCGGCGCACCCAACACUCCCCAGCAGCAGCAGCACGGGUAUGCUGGUUCAGCGACCGCAGGUCACAGCGGCUUUCCUAUGCAACAGGGCGGGCACGAUCAUCACGGCCAGUACAGUCAGCAACAAACGGGUCAUCCAGCCCAACAGCAGCAGCAGCAGCAAAAGUACGGCGGGCAAGGCGCGAUGCUGGGCAGUCAAUCGCCAGCUCAACAUCCUCAUCCUCAUCCCCAUCUCACUCAGCACCCGCACGCUCAAGUGGGUCAAUCACCGCGAAUGAAUGGGCCCCAUGCCCACCACUCGCAUCCUCCUCCUACAGCAGCGCCUCAAGGCGGAGCACCGGGUCCAUACGGUCCGCGAGGAUCUCUCGCCGCAGGUCAAGGUGUGCAUCCGCACCCUCACCACGCCCAGCAGCCACACAUGCAUCCUGCGCACGGUCAACCCCACCCUGUUCAGCCUCGCAAUCCUUACCCUCAACCAAAGGUUCCCUCAGAGAUGGCUGUAGGUCUGGCAUUGGAGGACGAGCACUCGGACUUUUUGCUCGAUGAGCUGGACAGAGUGUCGGCCAGGGACCUUGCCAUGGCUAGGUACACCCGCAACCAUUCCCUGCUCGGAGCCAUCUUCGACGCCAGGCGCAUCGGUGAGUGCGCGCUUGCCAGCGAGGCAGCAUAUAUGCGCUCAUUUGCAACGCUGACGAUGAUAAUACGGCCUACCGUGUGUCGAAAGAGGACCUUCGUCCCUCGCCUUCGCCGUACGCUGUGCACUCCAUCGCGGAAUUGCAAGCCAAGCUGGAAAAGGAGGCGGCUACUAUUGCGCCAUUGGAAGCUGCGCACCAAGCCCGGGUGCAAGAGUUCAAGACAGCAAUUGACGCCAAGACAAUUGCAGCUUCGCUCGGAGCAGAGGCCGAAGUCAAGCGGCACAAGCAACGGGCGGCUUCGAGAGCGGAUAUGGAUGUUUCGGAAGAGGCAGACGAGAUGCAGGUUGAUCCUGACCAGCCGUCUCAAGAAGAGGCCGAAGAGCCAAGAUGGGCUCGCAUCACGCGCGAGAGCCGGCACAUACAUUCGAAUUACGUCAGGGCGCCAACACCAGAAGAGAUCAAGAAACUGUUGCCUGCUCCGGCACCGAAAGAGGACUUGACGCCGAGAGCUCCGACUGUGCAAGAAGCUUCAGCCGUUGCUGCUGCUGCAGCGCCAGCACAGAGCCAAGCACAAAUACGGGCAAAUCAGGGUCAGGUGCUGGCGCCAGAGCCUUACGGCAAGGAUGCGUCUCUAGACGCAGCUCCUCAGGAUGUGAAGAUGACUGACGAGACAGUUCAAAGCGCUGCAGGAGCGGCGCAAGCUCCAGGCACGGAAUCCGCACCUGCGUCUGCAGCUGCUCCGGCCCUUGUUCAGAUUCAGGAUGCUGUCUCGACAAAAGAACGCAAUGAAGAAGCCCAAGAUGACGGGGACGGUGAUGGUGAUGCAGAUGCGGAUGCAGAUGCAGAGGAUGAAGGCGACGCGGGCGUGCUUGAUACUGCAGGGGCCGAACAGGCCUCUGGGGAGAGCGCACCGAUCGGACUGCCACCGGCACCGUCCACCGAGGCCCCACCCGCUGUGGCCGCUCUUUCUGUCGACGCUUCGGCACAAGAAUCAGAGCCUACCGACUUGCUCAGUACUGUCGCGGCUGUCCCUGUUGCGCUUGCAAAUGAGCCGGUUGCUGGCAAGAACGACGCGAGCAUUGAGGCAUCCUCAACGUCUGCGUCCCUUGAAGUCCCUGCCCCACCUCCGGCUGCAGACCAAGCAACACGCGCUCCCUCCGCUUCGCUAAGUCAGGUCGACGCUUCAGCGACAAAGUCAAUUGCCGACAUCGACACGUCUCUGCCCGAGCAGCGUCAAAGUCUGGCCUCAGAUACCAUCGUGCCCCUGGCAUCAACUGUCGACGAGCACGCGGUAGCCGCGUCCGAGAUUAUUGCGCCUGCUUCAUCACUGACGUCUUUACCGGACACUUCUGCUGCGGCAAGCUCCGUAUUGUCGAGCGAGAUCGAUCACUCGAUGGUCCCAAAUGCGGGACUGCUUGCGCCCACGGAGGAUGCACCACAGAAUGCGCCCGGUGAUCAAACGGUGCAGGCAAUGUCGACAUCUUCGCCAGGAACGCUGCAGGCAGGAGCGUCGAGUAGUCCGUCAAAUGAUUCAAAUGCACAACGAUCAGUCCAUGGAGCUUCAGCGCAGCCCAUAGCAGGCGCCGAGGGAGCGGAGGGAGAGGCAGCAACGACCUUGAGCGCCUCAGGCCUCGCUUCAGCCGAGGAAGGGGUACGAGGCGGGGCAGGCAAGGAGACGACUACGGAAGCUGAAUUGGCACAAGCUCAUGCCAAGGGAGUGCCGGACCCCAAAGCUUCGAGGGAGGCUGGAGAAGCCGAUGCGCCCAUGGUACCAGUGCAAGCCGAGGGCGAGCAGCAGAAUGUCGACGGAGCGCCCACGGCAUGA